UAAAGUUAUUAAUAAUUAUUAUGAAUCAAUAGUUUUAGCAGAACUGCCCAUUUUAAGGUAGGUAAUACGAUUUCUUGACAGAACCGGAUAACUAUAUAGAGAAGGGUAGAAAGAAGGGAAUAUAAUCAUUUGCAGAUUAUGUUAAUGCUCUUAAGGAGUGCAAACAGGGAAAGAUUCGUAGAUAUCAGACUGAAAUAAUAAAGAAAUCUCCAACACUUCCUAAACUUGAACCUGUGAUUCCAGAACUUUAGAAGAUGAAUGAACAUUUUGUAUUGAGCUCGAAUAGAAAUGUAGUAGGUUAACAAUGUGUAGGUAAUCAAACAGCAACUCCAAGAUGUAUGGUUCAUAUGCCAUUAUCAAUUACUCGAAAGUCAGUGAAUAGUCAAAAAUAAAUAAAAUUAUCUCCGAUCACCUCUAAGAGUGCUUUUUGUAUAAGAUCUCCACAGGAGGAAGAUGAUGGUCUAUUCUUGACAAAGAUAGGAGGAGAGGAAACAAUAAGAGGAAUAGCUAGAUUGUUUCAUUAAUAUUCACAACACCAUCCAUUAAUAUAGAGUAAUCAAUGAAAUAAUGUUUUAAGAAAUUGAUGAUCCUUAAAUGUAUGAAAUGAAAUUUGCUACAUUCUUAGAAUAUAUAAUGGGUAAACCUGUUUUCUUUAAUAUUGAAAAUCUAAAGUAGAAACACAUUCCAUUGUAGAUAACAAAUGAAUAAUAUAACCAGUUUAAGAGUUAUUUGAUUGUAAUUAAUAAAUUUAAAUUUGAAGAGUAGUUUUAUCAAAUGUAACAAGGGUCCUCCUGAGUUGAUAUUUGAGUUUAGUGCAUUAAUAGAAUAAUACAAAUAUUGUAUAAUAACAACUGAAUAAACAUUUGCAUAGAUUUUCAAUAAGAAAACAGAACAUAAUUUAGAAGAGACUCCUGAAUCUAUUGUAAAUUUGGCUGAUUAACAUUAUCAGAAGAUUUAGGAAGAUUAGACUUUAUGUGAAUAUUUUAUAGGAAUUCGAAUGGAUGAAUAGGCUAAGAAAUUAGGUAAAAUAGUGCAUUAAAUGAUGGGAUGGGAUUGUAGUGUAGAUUAUGUAUUAAAUUAUUUAAGGAAAUCUCAUUAAGCAAUGAAUUUAACUAAUGUACAUUUUACCUUGUUCAAAUGUUAUUUGAUAGAAUCAAUGAAAGAUAUAGGAUUAAAGGAAGAUUAAAUAGAAUUAAUAACAUAAAGAAUGGAUGGAUAUCGUAGUUGUAUAAUAAAUUAAGAUUGUUUACUAGAUUUCUACUUUUAAUCUUCUACUCUAUUUAAAGUUUAAGUAAAGAAGUAUGAGGUACUUUUAUAAAAAGAUCCCAGAUUUCGUAAUUUCCCUAAUAUUCAUGCAUUAUUAAGACAUGCUCAUUUUCUUCUCAAAUACGUUACUCAUUAACAUUAACCAUUAUUAACUAAGACUGAUCUUAAAACUUUACAUAAACAUUGCAUUAUUUAGAAUGAAUGGGUUGAUGCCUUUAGAGACAACUUCUUUCAUCUUAUUAAAAGCUAUACACUUGAUAGACUCAUUCUAUAAGAUUAUGCUGAUACUUGGUUUCAACUCAGAUAUAUUAUUAUGAAUCAAUGUACUAUUGAAAGUGUUGUUGGAUAAAGUGUUAUUGAUUCUGUGUAAUUCAAAAUAUAAAUUAAUUUACAAGAUAAUGAAGUUUAUAGUGAUCAUUUCAGAAAUGCAGAUUAUCAAAUCAAAUCUCAUAUCAAAAAAAUAAUUGCUUUUAUUUUCAAAAACUCUUAAAUCUAUAAAUCUAAUGACUUAAGGGUCAUCCAUUACCCACUCAAAAUUAACGAACAAACCUUUAAUUUAUUUGUUUAAUUAAUCAAAUAAGUUAUGCAAGAAGAAAAAGUCCCUCCUCAUCUCGUCCUUCUUGCUGAAUAGAUUUGUCAAUAUUUUAAGAAUAGCAUUUGCAAUCUGUGA